GUUAAGCGCGUUCUUAAAUCGAUUUUUUUUUUGGAUUGGCAGUUUAGUUUACCGUUAAAAAUGUUUUGCAUGCCAAGUAAUUUAUGUUUUUAUAAUAAGAAAACAAAACUGCUACCUUCUGAACAUGUUGGAUUUCGAGUGUCUAGCUUUUUAUAUACAUAGAUAUUAUAACUUUGUAACUUUGCUCACUAAAUAACAUUUGUAAGUACUGGGGUGUGGUAUUUUAUCGACAGUUUAAAAAAAUAAACAACUGAUUUGUUUUACUUUGAGACGUAUAACGGUACGCUGUAAUCACAUCCACGUCCAAGUCAAUACGCAAUACGCCUCUGGUGCUUCGAUAGUGUUGUGGCUUUUUCAGGAAUCAUUCCUUCCCCUUAAAAUAGGCCUGUUCAGUUGUAAGCAGGUAAAAUGUGCCCUGUAAUACCUCCACGUUAAGUAUGAUUAAGUGUCACACUUGUGUUUAGAUGGCAAUAACACUGAAGACUGCAGAAAAAAAAAAACAUCAAAAUAAUAUACUAAUAAUUGUGGGUCCUGACAAAAAAUCCUCAAACUAAGCAAAGGACAGCUUUCUGCCGUUUCCAUGACAACUAGAUGUCCCACUGUCGCGGAACUAGAACUCAUCACAAAAAAGCCCAACAAUUAUUCUAAUGUUGAAAAAAUAAAAGUUUAAGGGUUUUAUUUACAAACAGGAAGAAUAAAUUCAACUUUUUUUUUGCAGUAAUAGGGGGUGGAUUGCUCUGUCUUGAUUAGUUUGUUUUCUUGUCUUGAACUCUCCGCCAUAUUUGAAGACAUUUAUUCUGUUUGGGAGAAAGGCAGUGUUGUGUGUGAGGUGCGAUUCGUGUGAGUUUUUUUCUGCAAAACGCAAAGAUUCCCGUUCAUUUUAUUUAUUUAUCUAUUUAUUUAUUUUAUAUAACAUGUAGAGUUAUUUGAAACAGUCUCAAUUUUAAAUGAUAACGGUUGCAGAUUUAUUUUUUAAUUUGAAGCUACACAGGGGGGGUCCCUUUUCUGGUCCCUCUAUUUGCUUUCGGUAUGUUUUCUAAAAAAACGCAUGGGGACGUUAAGAAAUCGACACAGAAAGUACUGGAGACCAAAAAGGAUGUCCUGACUCGCCUCAAACACCUACGAAUUGUCAUAGAGAAUGCCGAAUCAGUUGAUCUGAAACAUUUUUUUGACCAGAAUUAUUCACACAUCUUCUAUGUUUUCUUUGAAAAUUUUGUGACCAUUGAAGUUGGUCUUAAACAGAAAGGUCAUAAAUCGCAAAGAGAAGAACUAGAUUCUAUCCUUUUUAUAUUUGAGAAAAUUUUACAACUUCUCCCUGAAAGAAUACAGGGAAGAUGGCAGUUCCACAGUAUAGGCCUAAUUUUAAAGAAGCUCCUGCACACUGGAAAUUCUUUGAAGAUCCGCAGAGAGGGGGUUCGUCUCUUUCUCCUGUGGAUGCAGGCACUCCAGACUAACUGCAGCAGAGAACAGCUGUGGAUGUUUGCUUGUCUGAUACCUGGCUUUCCACACCCACACUCAGAACACGGACCUCGAACCCUGGAAAAUCUUAUCAACCCUCCACUCAGCCUUCAAGAAACACAAGUCACUCCAGAAGAGAUCACUCCCCUCGUCCCUCCUCAGUCAGGAGAUAAAGGACAAGAAGAUCUUGCAAGCUAUUUUUUAGAAGCACUUUUAAAAUACAUGGUAAUCCAGGCAAAGAGUUUGCAAUGGAAGAACAAAGAAAACCACGAAAAGGGCUUUGCUUUCCUAUUUGUAAAUUUCAAGAAGUACUAUCUUCCUCAUAUUUUCCCAAAUUUUUGCAAGGAGACCAGUUUAUAUAAUCCUAUAUUAGAGGUCCCUCACAUGAGACCAAAGCCACACUAUGUUAUAGUAAAGAGAGACCCAGAGACCAAUGAAGCCAUCUAUUGCACUAAAGAGAUGUUCCUGAACGCUCGAGUCAUAUUCAUUCGAUGGUUGGUCUCCUUCUGGCUGGAGCCCAAAUCAAACACAGGGACUCAUAUCCCUGGUACUGAAGGAGAAAACGUACCAAAGAACAUUCAGAGAGCAGCAGCAGGAUUGGCUGCCAGGGAAGAUGGUGCCUCCCGACCUGAUAAUGUAGAUGGGAACACGCAGCCAGAGCAAUCUCACUCGAACACCAGCACCCUGACAGAAAGAGAGCCAAGUUCUUCCAGCCUUUGCAGUUUAGAUGAGGAGCAUCUCACAGACAUUGAGGUGGUCCGGAAGGUCUUCUGCUCCUCCAGAACCAAUGUCAACUUCAUGACUGAGAUCUUCCGGCAGGCCUUCCUGCUGCCAAUCUGUGAGGCAGCUGCCAUGAGAAAGGUGGUGAGGGUUUACCAAGAGUGGAUUCAGCAGGAAGACAAACCCAUUUUCAUGAGGGAACCUGAAGAAGUACAAUACUCUCCAGCCACCAGUGUCAUCCACCUGGAAACUGCAGGGGAACACAUGGUGGAGAAAGACAAGGAGGAGGAAAAAGUUGUAAAGGCACCAGGACACACACGGACCCCCAGCUGGACAAGAAACUCCUCUUACCAAGAUGCCAUCAACAAGGUGCCGGAGUCCGAGCUUGUGGAGCAUAAUGUGGCAGCAGGUGCACAAUCCACACUGCAGGUUUUCAUUACCAACUCUUCCAAUGUAUUUCUUCUGGAACCUGCUAAUGAUGUUAAAUUCCUUCUGGAAGAACACAUUGAUAUGUGUAAGCGUGUCCUCAACAUUUAUCGCAGCCUGGUUAUGCAUGAAACAAUGGAUCAGAAAACAUGGGAGCAAAUUCUUUUAGUUUUACUCAGGGUCACAGAGUGUGUGAUGAAGAAACUGCUAUCAACAGUGCCACAUGGAAAAAAGACAAUGACCCUUGCAGGACGACUUGCCGGGGCAAUAUUUCAGACACUAAUCGUAGCCUGGAUCAAAGGGAACCUGAAUGUGUACAUCUCCAGGGAGCUGUGGGAUGACUUGCUCACUGUGUUGUCAACGCUGACCUGCUGGGAGGAGCUUGUCACUGAGUGGUCACUGACCAUGGAAACCCUGACCAAAGUGUUGGCUAGAAACUUGUACAACCUAGACCUCCAUGAACUGCCACUGGACAAACUGAGCGAACAGAAACAAAAGAAGCACAAAGGCAAGGGAGGUGGUCAUGAGUCUCAGAAGUCAUCAGUGGACAAGUCUUUUUCAAAGGGCUGGAGCCGGGAUCAGCCUGGACAGGCUAUGAUGAGACAGCGGAGUGCAACGACUACAGGCUCCCCGGGCACAGAGAAAGCAAGACAUUUUAUACGGCAGAAAACUGUUGCCCUGAGAAGCUGCUCCACUGGCGACAGAAUCUUGUCUUCAGCCUUUAUACGCAGCGCUAAAAGUGCACCUGUCCUGAUCCACCCUCUCCACCAUCUCCUGUCUGAUACUGUCCUCGCUCCCUUAGCUGGUGGACUGUCAGAUAUCGAGGACCCUCAGGUGGUGCCCCGUGCUCCUCGUAUGAGACACUUUUCCCAGAGCGAAGAGACCGCCCCUUCAGAGGUGUUCACCACAGCGGGCGAGGAGCAGCCACUGCCCCGGAGCAGCAGUACGUCUGACAUCAUGGAGCCCUUCAUCGCUGAGCGGGUCAAAGGUGCACUUCCUGUACUUGACAGUCCGUCCCAUGGCACUUCCAUCUCGCAGAGUUCCUGUGAGGUCUCCACGUGGUCUGUGUCCACUGGGAGUAACGUUGCCGGUGCGAACAGUAGAGAGACCUCACUGGAAGUGGGGGAUAGCAUCUACGACCACUUGUGUCAGCUGGUAGGCCCUUCGGAGCGACCUCAACCAGCGUUUCUGCAGAGUCAGUCUGUAGAGUGCGAGGGAGAGGAGGACUUGCUUUCAUCUCUCAGAGAGUAUCUGAAGGAUAAGGGGGAAGUGAACUUUAGGGUUGAGGGGGAAAGGAAAGCCAUGCUUAUUGCUCUGAACCAGGUGAUGGAAAGCCAAGAUUUACAGGUGAUGGACAGGUUGGAGUUUGUAGAUAAAAUUAGCAUGUGUACUGAAGGAAACAUUGACUGUACAGCAGAUCAGCAUUUGGAAGACAAUGUAGGUUAUUCAGGGCAGAAUUUUUUUGAAGGCAGAGAUCUUACUAAUAAAGAUGAUCAACACAUGUGGGAGGAUGUCCUGGAGGCAGAGGGGGAAAUGCCCAGUGGUAAAGAGAACCAGAAAUGCUUAUAUAGGCAGGCAGCCACAGAAAUAGAUUCGAGCUUUGAGGGGGCAGCAGUAGAAAGGGGCAGGAGUGAUAUGAGUGUCCAUUCCAAUGAGGAAGCAGCACAGGUCUUGCAUGCAUACAGGAGGGAAUUCAGCUCUCAGAUAGGUACUGAAGCACCCAGAGCACUGGGCACUACAGCCCUUAACAAGCACACGUCCAGCUUUGCAAUUCCCAAACACCGAAUAAAUCGAAUGGCAGGCAAGAAACGACACGGUGGCGUCCAUGUCAGCUUUAGGCCCUCCACUGAGUCUGUUCAGUUCUAUAACCAGCUAGAGACCAAAGAGGCGCCAUGGAAGGCCAGGCUUAAGAGACUGAGUGGCUUUAGUGGUGGAAGUAGCAGUGGUGGUGCCGUGGCAGCUGAUGUCAGACCCAUUGGCUGUAAGCCGCAUGGUCUUGUGUCUGCCAGUAGUGAAAGAGGUAAAGAUGCAGCAGGGGGAAUCCUGUCGGGGGAUCAGCUAGAGAAGGAAGGUGCAGUAAGCAGCCAUAUUAGCCGCAGUUCAGGCAGAUCCACAAGGGUGCAGGAAGCAGGGCAGCAGACUCCACAACAGCAGCAGCACGGCCCCCUGGGUGGUGUCUAUAAAUCUGUUGUACAUGCUCUCUCCAAGCCAAAGGCAAGCGUUUCCCCACAGCGGCAGAGCAAAGUGCCAGCAGAGGCGCCACUGAGGGAUCUGUACACUCAUGUAAUGGGCUAUUUUGGAAGGAGAGCACCAGCCAACAAGGAGGACUUGAGCCAAAAGAUUCGUCCAGGCUCCAUAGACACUGGAAACAGCAAUCCCAACAUCAGUGAUCUUAUGGAUGAGUUUAUAGCAGAGAGGCUGCGAGCCAGAAACACAUCUGGCAUUACAAGGAGAGGCAGCAGCCCUGGGAGCCUUGAAGUCCCUAAAGACUUUCCGGACCUGCUGAACAGGCAGAAUCCCAUGCGACCCGUAGACGACCCAGGUGUCCCCUCAGAAUGGACUUCCCCUGCCAGUGCGGGCAGCAGUGACCUCAUCAGCUCCGACAGCCAUUCUGAAUCAUUCAACGCCUUUCAGUAUGACGUACGCAAAUUUGAAAACUUUAGUUUUGGCCCUGAAGCCUCCUCUCUAGGUACUGCAGAAACCGAUGGGGCUCAAAUCCGACCACAGACAGCUGAGGAGCAAGAGCUGGCCAGCCUGACUACCCUGCACAUUGACUCAGAGACGAGCAGCCUGAGCCAGCAAGCUUUAUCAGCUGACGCCGUCACAAUCACUGGAUCUGAUAGUGCCUCACCGAUCCAUUCAGCCUCAGGUUCAAGGUCCGAAACUCCUUCUCCUGCCACUCUGAAUGCUGAGCACAUGGAGCAUAAGGACUUGCAGUUGGAUGAUAAACUCCACCACUCUGUCUUACAGACUCCAGACGACCUAGAAACCAGUGAAUUCCCAACAGAGGACUGCAGUGUGAUGGCAGGAGGCACCCUCACUGGCUGGCAUGCAGAUGUUGCCACGGUGAUGUGGAGGAGGAUGCUUGGGAUUUUAGGAGAUGUCAAUUCCAUCAAAGAUCCAGAAAUUCAUGCACAGGUGUUUGAUUAUCUGUGUGAGCUGUGGCAGAAUCUGGCCAAGAUCAGAGACAAUCUGGGCAUAUCAGCUGACAACCAGGCAUCUCCUCCACCACCUGAACUUAUACCACCUCUCCGCAUUUUGACUCCCUGGCUAUUUAAAGCAACCAUGCUGACUGAGAGGUACAAGCAAGGGAAACUUCAUGCCUACAAGUUGAUCUGUAAGAUCAUGAAGAGAAGACAGGAUGUUUCUCCAAACUCUGACUUCUUGACACACUUUUAUAAUAUAAUGCACUGUGGACUGUUACAUGUUGAUCAGGACAUUGUCAAUACAAUCAUCAAGCACUGUUCUCCACGCUUCUUCUCUAUUGGAUUGCCUGGUGCUACAAUGCUGAUCUUGGAUUUCAUCAUCGCGGCUAGUAGAGUGACCACCUCAUCCUCCCUCAAUGCUCCAAGAGUGGAAGCCCAGAUAUUGUUGGGUUCACUGGUCUGCUUUCCCAAUCUAUAUGAAGAGUUGCCUGCUCUUCAUCCUACUACAGCUGAUAUGGUGCUAACUCGCUUCACAGAUGUCAAGGAGCAUAUAAUAAAGAACAUACUGAGCUCAGCCAGGGAGGAGCCAUCUGGACCAGCUCGGUGUGUUGCUCUGUGUAGCCUUGGCAUUUGGCUAAGUGAGGAGUUGAUACACAACACUCGCCACCCUCAGAUUAAAGAAGCUUUGAAUGUCAUUUGUGUAACCUUGAAGUUUCCAAAUAAAACUGUUGCACAAGUUGCUUCUGACAUUCUACACCUGCUCAUAAACUAUGUGGAUAAUCUUCAGCAUUUCCCAGCUGACUCGCCCAAGAAAAUAAUUGAGAUCCUUAUAGCAACCAUUACGUACCUGCUGCCUUCUACAGAAGCUUCUCCACACGAACCAGACAAGAGGCUGCUGGUGUCCUUGCUUCUCUGCCUCUUGGACUGGGUAAUGGCCUUGCCACCAAAGACUUUGCUGCAACCAGUUCACACUGCUGGGUCUGACAAGGACAGGUCUGACACAUCUGUCCUGAGCUGCAUUUAUAAGGUUCUUCAUGGAUGUGUGUACGGAGCACAGUAUUUUAACAAUCCAAAAUAUUUCCCCCUUAACUUGGCGGAUCUUGCGUCAUCUGACUAUGAUCCCUUUCUGCACUUGGAGAGCCUCAAGGAGCCUGAACCCCUGCACUCUCCAGACUCCGAGAGGUCAUCCAAACUGCAACCUGUCACUGAAGUGAAAAGCUGCAUGCAGCAAGGUCUAAUCUCCAUAGCGGCCCGGACAGUCAUAACUCACUUGGUCAACCACUUGGAGCACUAUCCCAUGAGUGGUGGGCCGGCAAUGCUAACCAGCCAGAUCUGUGAAAACCAAGACAACCCCUACAGCGAAUGCCCUGAACUUUCCCCAGAGCUGUUUGAGAGCCCAAACCUGCAGUUCUUUGUGCUGAACAACACCACCCUGCUAUCAAGUCUCCAGAUCCGUGCUGAGGAUAAUGUCCCCGGUGGAGGGAUGUCAGCUGGUCUCACCACCACUAACUCAAGCGUGAGAAUCAUAGUGCGGGAUAUCUCUGGAAAGUACUCGUGGGACACAGCAAUCCUAUACGGGCCUCCCCACUGCAGCCAGCCAAGCCAAGCUCUAAAACUGCCUCCAGCCCGGCCUCUGGUGGAGCGGCAGCAGUGCCUGGAUGACAGUGAGGAUGAGCAGCAGCUGCAGAGUGGGGCAGUGGAAGAGGAGGAGGAGGAGGAUGAUGAAGCAAUGAAGGACUUCAUGGCCCCUCAAGCCAAGCGGAGGUGUAGGGAGGUGGUGCCCACUUGGGAUGCUAUCAGGGAUGGCGAGGAUGCCCUGGAUGAGAUGCUCCAGUACCUGGGCACCACCAGUCCAGAGUGCCUUCAACGAGCAGGCAUGCCGCUCAAUAUCCCUGCCCUGCCCCCUACCUGCAUCUCUGAGAAACAGGAGAACGAUGUCAUGAACGCCAUCCUGAAACAGUACACUGAGGAGAAGGGGUUUGCAGACAAGUGCAACAAUAACCUGAACAUGAGAGCCAUGGAACAAGAGGAGCCAUGUCCGCAGAGACCCCAGUCAGCCUUCUACUAUUGUAGGCUGCUUCUGAACAUCCUGGGCAUGAACUCCUGGGAAAAGAGGAGCAACUUCCACCUUCUUAGGAAAAAUGAGAAGCUGCUGAGAGAACUUAAGAAUCUGGACUCCAGACAAUGUCGGGAAACACACAAGAUAGCAGUGUUUUAUGUUGCUGAGGGACAGGAAGACAAGCACUCAAUCCUCACUAACACAAGUGGAAGCCAGGCCUAUGAGGACUUUGUCUCGGGGCUCGGCUGGGAGGUGAAUCUCACAAACCACUGUGGGUUCCUGGGGGGACUACAGCGAAACAAAAGCACUGGCUUCAGCACUCCUUACUUUGCAACAUCAACUGUGGAAGUGAUGUUUCAUGUGUCAACAAGAAUGCCACCUGAUUCUGAUGACUCCUUAACAAAAAAGCUGAGACACUUGGGCAAUGAUGAAGUGCACAUUGUCUGGUCUGAACACACACGUGACUACAGGAGAGGAAUAAUUCCAACAGAAUUUGGAGAUGUUCUGAUUGUCAUAUACCCAAUGAAGAACCAUAUGUAUAGCGUCCAGAUCAUGAAGAAGCCUGAGGUUCCAUUUUUUGGUCCUCUUUUUGACGGGGCCAUUGUCGAUGGAAAAAUACUGCCCACCAUGGUCCGUACCACAGCAAUCAAUGCCAGCCGCGCUCUGAAAUCUCUAAUUCCAUUGUACCAGAAUUUCUACGAGGAGAGAGCACGUUACCUGGAAACCAUUGUGCAUCAUCAUCGAGAACCCACCACCUUUGAAGACUAUGCUGCUCAAGUCUUCUGUCCAGCCCCAUUUCACCACCUACCAGCCGAUGCAGGCUCAUGUCCCGAGAACCAGCAAGUCGAAAAUCAAGCAGCGCAGUUAGACGGGAACGACUUCGCCUCACCAAUGUCUCCUCGUGCUAGCAAGAGCCGCAUGUCCAUGAAACUGCGUCGCUCCUCCGGCUCUGCCAAUAAAUCCUGAUGAUCACAAUGCAGCAUGAACUUUAAACAAAGGACACACUCGUUCCUUUACUGUUGAAAAAGGAACACUUGCUCUGCCCAGCUAUGGUUUUAUAAUUUUCACUUGUGUACAGAAAAAAAAAGCAAAUGUAUUUAAAUUGUGUUCCUGCCACACACAAAGCAGCUCAUCCAUUCACACACAUGCUCUUUUAUUGAAACACUGGAGUUUUAGUGUCACCCUGUGUAUUUUUUAUUUUAGAUGUUGCUACCUAAUUUUGCUUUCAGUGCAAUGAAUGCAGCCUUUUUUUUUCUCCACAUGAAUAUAAAUAAUAGUAGUUGUACAAGAUAAUAGUCAAAUAUAAUGAAGCUUGUUGGUAUAAAAUUGCAUUCAUUUUUGUUACGGUUGGUGAUACAGUAUAUAAAAUACCUACAGUCGUUUAACUAGGUAUGACAGAAUACAAAAUGCAGGUUUUAUUUUUAGACAUGGGUUUUAAAAUGCAGGCAGUAGCGAAGGCAGAUGCUCAGUUUUCAAGGAAUUGUUUUGGAUGCCAAACCAAAGGCUCAGACAUUAUACUGUAAUUCAUUAAAUUACAGGAACAUCCAAGCAUUUAAAAGGCUGCUUUGUUUAUUCCACUAUCUAUACAGUAAACGGUAUGUAGGAGUGAGCAGUUCAAAGAUUCCUACACUACAAAUACGUGUUAUAAAGAAUGUUGUAAUGUGAUUGGCUUCCUUUUUAUACAGUGAACAUGUGGGAAGAUUAUUAUGUUUUAAAACUUAUAUUGUAAUAGUAAAACAAAUAAAUACGUACUUUAUGGCCUUUAAGCAUUUCAAGUUAGUUUGCCAAAAAAAAAAGUCAAGUGUAACUUACAUUACUCUUCUUCCUUUAAAACAGCUCUGUUACUGAUCCUGAUCCCAGAUGUUUCUGUGCUAGGUCAGUGCUGGGGUUUGUGUUGGAGUGAUUGCACAGCUCAUGUGUGUACACUGAGACCAGCUGGGUUAAAGGGUUAGACAAUGGCAAGGACAGUUCAUUGAAGUCCCAGCUAAACACUUGGCUACUCUGUUCAUACACAACCUUGCACCCUUGUCCCCCCUAGCUGAACUACAACCACAAUAAAUUGGCUAUUAUGAGCUUCAAAGCCGGCAUGACUCUUAAAUGAGUAUCAAAAAGAUUUCUUUCUUUUUUU